GCCAGAUACAUCAAUCAUGGAGGAGGUGGUAAUUCGCUUGGCAGCUGGCACCUUAUCCAUCCUGUCAGUCCUAAAGUGCCCAGCAGAGAAGAAACAUGAAUGUAAGCCUUCUCAUCAUAUUUGGAACUACAAUAGCUUGCCAUGCAUCUGAGGCUGUGUUUCCCAUAAUCUUUAACUGUUGCACAGAAGUAGCCAAUCAGAUCCCCAGAAGAUGGCUAAGGAGGACAGUGGUGAAAUUUGAGAUUCAGAAGGCUGGCGACUUAUGCAAAAUACCAGCUGUGGUCCUUUACACUAAGCACAAAAAGCUGUGUGCCAGUCCACAGAAUAAAAAUGUGAAGAGAUGGAUGAAGCAAAUGGUCAAGAGACACCAAAGAACUGGCCAUCUUGAGAGGAUGAGGAAGAAAGGCAAAAGGAGGAGGAAGACUUGGAAGAAACAAUGUGCCGACUGUUGAGGCCACACAGAAAAGCUAGAAUCUGUGCCAUAAUAAAUUCAGCAAAAAUCUCA